AUGAGCCUCAAUCUGCCAAUUCGGCCCAGCACCAGCAGCCAGCGCAAUCGGGAGAGUCGAAACAAUUACUUCAACAGCUAUACCCCGCCAAGUUCGACAGAGGCUAUUAAUGGUCCUGUUAGGGAAUUGGUAAGGGAGCAGACGCCUCUUAACGAUCGAUUGAUUGUGGGAGUUGAUUUUGGAACUACAUUUUCGGGUGUUGCUGCCGUCUACACAUCCACCCCUGAUGACAUAGAAAUCAUCAAGACGUGGCCUGGUGGUAAUGGCAUCACCUCAGAUAAGGUUCCUACUGAGAUAGCAUACAAUUACCCCCCCAAUGCACCUCAAGGCACUGAGCCUACAGUGAAAUGGGGCUUCCAGUUCAAGCCCGAGGAGUCACGUCUGCGCUGUAUCAAGCUCUUCCUCGACCGUUCGCAGAAGCUGCCUUUCUAUGUCAGUCCUCUGGACACCGCUGCGCAGCUUAAAAAGUUCAACAAGAAUGUCGUGGACGCUGUAAGCGACUAUCUAACUCAAAUUUAUAAACACACCAUGGAUACACUCACCCGCCGUUAUGGCGAGUCGUUUAUGGCGUCGACAAAGGUCGAGUUUGUACUGACGUGCCCGGCUGUUUGGAGUGAUGCGGCUAAGAAUACGACGCUGCAGGCUGCGGAGAGGGCUGGCAUGGGGUCAAGAUCCGAGAUUCAGAUGAUUAGUGAGCCUGAAGCUGCGGCUGUGUAUACUCUUAAGGCGAUUCAGCCGAAUCAUCUGAAUGUGGGUGACAAUUUUAUCGUCUGUGAUGCUGGAGGCGGUACCGUUGAUUUGAUUGCAUAUAAGAUUAUUUCUCUCAAGCCGCUCCGCGUUGAGGAGUCUGCAGUUGGAACAGGAGGUUUGUGCGGAAGUGCCUUUUUGAACUACCGUUUCGAAGAACAUGUCAGAGGUCGCCUUGGCCAGACUCGCUUCGAUGAGAUGAAGACCAAGAAGGGCAAGACGUGGCAAAUGGGUCUUCGAUACUUUGAGGAGUUUGUGAAGCGUAACUUUAACGAGGAUGAACAUAUGGAAGUCAACGUUCCAUUUCCUGGUCUUCCCGAUGAUGAAGAAGCUGGGCUGGACUCGGGCUUUCUGGUCAUGUCGGCGGAGCAAGUUAAGGAUAUCUUUGAGCCUGUAGUGAAGGAAGUAUGUGACCUCGUCCAAGGCCAAGUCACAGGCCUUCGAUCUAAAGGUGGUAUCGUCUCUGGUAUCGUCCUGGUAGGAGGUUUUGGCCAGAGCGAUUAUCUAUACCGGCGGCUCAAGUCUCACUUUACAAGUGCUGCCCCUCCACCAUACAGCGAACGGCCUACUCAUGCCAAUGCCAAUUCUACAGAGGAGGCGGGGUCCAUAGAGGUUAUGCAGCCAGUCUAUGCUUGGACAGCAGUUGUGCGAGGUGCUGUCCUGCGGGGGCUGGAGGGUAACAUGGUCAUCUCUCGAAAGUCGAGAAUGCACUACGGAACUUCAUAUGCUACUGUGUAUGACGAGGAUAAGCAUUCAGUCAGCGAGCGGUACUGGUCUCCUCUGUGGGAGCGCUGGAUGGUAUCAGAUCGGAUGCAAUGGCACAUCGCCAAGGGCGAGGCGCUAUCACCACUAGCUCCCAUCGCAUUCCACUACACACGUAACUUCCGCCCUGGCCAAUCGCUCAUAGUCACCGACGACUUGAUAGCGUGCGAUGCCGACGAGCCACCUGUCGCAUACACGCGCGACCUGAUCCACGUGUGUACUCUCACAACGGACCUCAAUGCUGUCCCAAGGAGUCUAUUCACACGCUUGACGACGACCAGGGGUGUUGAGUUUGAUAAUCUUGACUUCACGCUCGAGAUGAGAGUUGAGAGCGCGGGAUUGGGCUUUGAGUUGAAGGUUGACGGGGUGCGGUAUGGACGGGUUGAAGCGGAGUUUCACUAG